CACACACCUCUGGAUUGGCUCCUUGGCUCUAGCUAUAGAGCAGUGACCUCUUAGCACCACCAGCAGCGGCAGCGACAGCGAGAGGGCGGCUGGAGUUGGACCGCCGGCGAGGGGGCUGUCAUCAUCAUGCAAGGGGGCCAGGCGGAGAAGAAGGGGAAGGUGAAGAAGGGGUGGCUGGCGGUGCGGGUCGGCCAGCCGGAGCAGCAGGGCGACGGGUUCAGGCGGUUCGUCAUCCCGAUCGCCUACCUCUACCACCCGUUGUUCCAGCGGCUGCUGGAGGCGGCCCGGGACACCUAUGGUUACAACUCGGCCGGCCCGCUCUGGCUGCCCUGCUCCGUCGACGAGUUCCUCCGCCUGUGCGCGCUCGUCGACCGGGAGACGGCACACUCGCACUCCUCGCCGCACCGCGUGUACGCCGGCGGCUACCAGCAGCAGAGCUACUCCUUCGGCCCGUGCACCCGCGCCAAAAUCACGUCCUGAUCGACCCGCAUCUAUCAUCGAGCCCCGGCCCGCCGGCUUUCGUUUGUUGAGCACCGGAGCGCGCGAGCGGGAGGGGUUCUUCUUUCUGCCGCCUGCCGGAGAUGACAGCCAGCCACACAUGUACACGUACUCGUACAUAGAGAGGGAGAGAGAUACCAGAUACGGAGAAGCAUGAGAGGCAGUCAGUAGGGUUUUUUUUUUUUUGAGGUGAUUAGUCGUUGCCGGCCGGUGAGAGCUGGUAUAGCACAGGCCAAGAUUUGAUUGGUCCUUUUUGUAUUGAUUGGUAUCAGGUGGCCUGAUGAAACCGGUAGGCUUUUGGAUAUAUUUUUCCAAGAAUUAAAAUGAUUUAUGUUGUAAGACAA